ACAGCGAAAAGGUUGCUUUCCCUUUAUCAGUUUCGUUUCCUCAUCGCUCGCAACAGGUUUGUGUGUGGCUCCUUCCGGACGCUGUUCAAUCAUCUUUUUGGAAUCUUUCAUCAUCCAUCCCUUGAGUGACUGCCAUUUCGUGCAAAUAUUCCACGCGUAAUUCGGUUGAGGUGUAAAUUUUUGUUAAAUCUCGUAAAACAUGGCAACCUUGAAGCAGUACUCCUACGCCGAAGUGGCAAAGCACAACACUCCCGCGGACCUGUGGAUGGUCAUCGACGACAAAGUGUACGACGUCACCAAAUUCCAAACCGAGCACCCCGGUGGAGAGGAAGUACUGAUUGAGAUGGCCGGAAAGGAUGCCACCAAUGAGUUCAACGAUGUUGGCCACAGUACCGAUGCGAAGGCACAAAUGAAACAAUUCGUUGUGGGCGAAAUCAUUGAAGCCGAGCGGAAAAAGAAUGCUCCGAAGCAAGACUGGCAGCAAACGGCAAUUAUUGCCGGAUCAGCGUUGGCCCUUGGUCUUGGAUUGGUAUUACUCUAUAGAGCCUUGAAGAAGUAAAUAUUUCAUUGUUGAAUAGUAUUAUGCAAUGCAUUUUCAUCGAGGACCAUACCAGUGGAUGAUACAUUGAAAAAAAAAGAAGCACAAUAAAUGUUAUAUUAGUUAUAGGUUGAUGUUGGUACUGAUAUAGCUUGAUAAUACGUACAGCAAUGUGAUUCCAACGUCUUGCUUUAGGUACUAUUGAUAUUUUAUUAGUAUGAUCGAGCAAAAUGCAUGAAUCUAUGAAAAUAAAAUCCGGUUGAAUUAA